AUGUCGGUCACAAAACUCGAGCUUCGCACGGCGCUUGGUCCGGUAUACCGGGAUGUACUUCCUUAUCCACCACGGGACUGUACACCGGACGAGAUCCCGGUCAUCGACCUCAAACCUAUGUUUUCUAGUGAAAUAUCAGAGCGCAAGAAAGUCAGUUCAGCCAUCAAGGCCGCCGCCAUCAAUAACGGCUUCUUCUAUGUCAAGAAUCACGGCAUAUCGCCUGAAAUCAUCGCGCAAUGCAAAUCACAAGUCGUCAAUUUCAUGCGACAGCCACUAGAAACAAAGGACCAGAUUAGGUCGCAUAAGUACAGCAAGUAUUUCAACGGCUACUUAGGCAGGCGAAGGGCCCAGAUAUCGCCCAGCGAGACAGCCGAUGUGCGCGAAUCGUUCACCUUCCGCUACUCCCCUGAACUUGAUCCUGACCACCCUCAAGACAUAUCAGACAUCCCUGCUGAGGUCCGCCCGUGGAUUCGAGGGGAGGAUUUCGUAUGGGAGGGCACAAAUCAUCUGCCUGGUUUCAAAAAGGACUUGGUAGCGUACUGGAGUGGGUGCCUUGGGCUGGCGAGAAGAUUGGUACAAAUGUUUGCGCUGUCGCUUGACCUUGAGGAGGACUAUUGGGAUGAGAAAGUGACAUACCCCGGAGCUGACGGCGUAUUCAAUUACUAUCCCACCAGGACUCAGGAAGAAGUUCAGCAAGAGUUUGUCGGUCUAGGUAGCCACACCGACCUACAACUGUUUACACUGCUCUGGCAGGACAGUAUAGGCGGAUUGCAAGUAUUGACUCGCGAGGGCCAAUGGAUCAAGGCGCCGCCAAUUGAUGGGACGCUCGUCGUAAACAUUGGUGAUUAUAUGAUGCGCCUUUGUAACGACAUCUACAAGUCCACCGUCCAUCGCGUCACCAAUGAGUCAACCCAGGAACGAGUGUCAAUGCCCUUCUUCUUCGGCUUGAACUUCAAUUGCGUCGAAGGGGUCGUUCCUUCAUGUACCUCGGAAUCGAACCCGGCGAAAUACGAGCCGAUAUCUUGCGGUGAUUGGUGUCAGAUGAGAUUCAAGAUGGAAAAUGAGGAGUUUGUGAAGAACGAGGCGAAACGGUCGAUGGCUCCUAGCGCUGUCGUUGUAGCUGGGUAAUAGCGAUAUAUUCCUAUGGUUUGAUGUUUUCCCCCAUGCUCAAAUGAUCGUUAUAAGACCUUCUGGAUGAGUUCAAGCACAUCAAAGAAGGCCUCUCGAUC